AUGUUCAGCCAAAGGACGAACUCUCAAAAGGCCGACGAUGAAUUGCUCGCCAAAUUUCGCCAACAGUUUCCCCAAAUAGGUGCCACCACCGAGGGGGGCUCGGCGGGCAUUUCUCAAACCGCUGGCUUCCCAGACAUGGUCACAACCGCUUCUGCACCGCUUAGAUACGCCGCCUCGUUUAUUAUGCCACCACCUGCUUUGCAUACUAACGAUCACAGCAUCUGGCCAGAGCUUCAUGAACAAAAGCCAGCGCCAAGAGCCAACAACGACCCUUGGCGGUUCUCGCCUUCUCUGUUGGAUCCCAACUCGUUUGCCAACGAUUUGUAUGCACCUACCAUGGCCAUGCUCCAUUGCGUCACGACCCCCUUGGGCGCACCGCACUCCCUGGAAGCUAUGCAGUCUGGCGCCGGCAUGGACCCUUCGGCCAUUCACACCGUGCCCAGCCAGCAUAUGCCUCACUUCCAGCCUUAUCUGCAAGUGCUCGGCCAAACAUUAGCACCGUCUUCCUUUGUCCACCAGGAUACGGGCUACGAAACCAUGAAGCAAGACCCGUCGCCCAUGGGCUUCGAGGAACCUGACGCACGCCUGGUUGGUCUGCUGUGCAAGAGCCCACAGAUGGCAAACGCUGCUUCGAUGAGCCUUCCCUUGCCACCAUCGGCCGAAAGGUUUCGAUUCCACUCAACGCUCAACGCUCCCACAGCCAUGGUGAAAGAGGCUGAUGAGAUCCCCAUUACUUACCUUAACAAGGGGCAGACCUAUCCUCUUUCCAUUGCCGAUACACAGGGUGCUCGCCCUGUCCAACCCGGAACACGGUAUCGAACUUUAAUCCGCGUUUCGUUCGAGGACGAGGAAUAG